UGUGGGGGAGGGGAAACGAGCGAGGAGUGGAUCGGGAAAAGUUGCACUUCGUUGAGUACCUGCAGCACAAAUAGUCCGAGGUCAAUUGUAAAUUCCGCGAAGUUUUCGGAGGAAAUAAGGCAUUUGAUUAUGAAUUUGUUAAUUUACACAUGAUCUACCACGAUAAUUUUAUCUUUUUACCUUCUACAUCGUAAUCAUAAGAGUAGUGAUCAUAGUCAAUAGACUACAAUAGCUUCCGCGUUGAAUGUUCUUCGAUGGGAACAAAAAUGGGAAAUUUGAUACUCCUUGUAGUUCUCUUUGGAAUUCUGCCAAUAGAGGUACAGUCCAUUCAAGUGAACGUUCCUGAGACAGAAAGGACUACACUUCUCUUUUCUUCCGUCAUCCUUCGCUGUGACUACUCAACAUCUGCAAAUCCCUCAGAGGUCUUAGUUACAUGGAGAUUCAAGUCUUUCUGUAAAGACCCGGUGCUGGAGUACUACUCUACAGCCUAUCAAGCUCAAUUGUCUUUGGGGCAAGAUCCCGCCAAUGACUGCCAAGAUCGCGGGCGCACCGUUCGUGUAGUUGCGCAGAAAAGGGGCACCAAUGAACCCAUACUGGGCUCAGAGUACCGCGAACGCAAGAUCACCAUCCAGAACAAGGCAGACCUGGUCAUUAAUGAAGUCAUGUGGUGGGACAACGGAAUGUACUUCUGUUCCAUUGAUGCCCCCGGAGACACGACGGGGGACUCAGACCGGGAGAUCAGACUCCUUGUGUACCAUUGGCUAACGGUGCUGUUCAUCAUCAUCGGGGCCCUCCUCCUCAUCAUGCUGCUGUGCGUCUGCUGCUGCCAGUGUUGCCCGCAGAACUGCUGCUGCUACGUGCGCUGUCCCUGCUGCCCACAGACCUGCUGCUGCCCAGAGAAAGCGAUGAUGCAGCACAGGAUGAUGAAGGAGGCCAAGAGGGCUAUGGCUCCGUGGCUCAAUGGCCAGCCCAUAUACGCUCCAGUGUCCAAUGGCUCCUCACAGGCUUACCCAUUACUCUACCCAGGCUCUGUCUCAGAAUACCCCUCCAAGCAGGGUAUCCCUAUGGGCCCCAUGGGCCCUAUAGGCUACGCACCUCCACAGCAAGGCCUGCCUGUCAUGCCUCAUGGUAUCUAUGACAACAGAAGCGCUCAAGGAAGCGUCCAAGGGACCAAUCAGAUGCUGGACUUUCUGGAGAGCCAAGUGCAGAGCAUGGAGCUGGCAGCCCCCCUGGUUCACACCCAGCCAGCACCCUUUCAGUACAUGGCAGCUCCUCCUCUCCAGCAUUUACCCCCCCAGCGCCGAGCCACGCCACCUCAGGCUGUGCCUUUCUCCGCCGGGCCUCCCAGCAUGCUCUCUGCCCUCGAUGAGCUCGGAGUACAAGGCAUGGAGCGCCGCGUCAUUCAGCUGCCGCCCAUCAUCGGCCGUGGCCCCGGCCAGCCCCCUCACCGAAGCUCCGGAGGCACCCGCGGGGGGCCUCGCGUCUCCAACCCAUCCAGUGAGAACUCCAGCCGAGGUGGCCGUUACCGCGAUAACCGAGGAGGCCCCCGUGACCCUCCAUCGCAGCGGCACGGCAUCCUGCGUAGCUACAGCGACGAGUCGGACUGGGACGAUCGCCACGGGAGACGGGGGGUCUCCUCCGGAGGCGGGCGAAGAGGGGGUGGGGGCGCGGAUGGUUUCCGUCCCCGCUCACGCAGCCGAGAUGACCUGAUGGACGAGCUGCGUCACGUCACCCCUCGCCAGGACAGGAGCUACUCGCCGCCCCCGCCUCGCCGCCGGGGCUCCUACAGCUCAGAGGAGGAGGACAGCCGGAGAGGAGGGGCGCGCCCCGCGAGAAGGAGCCCCUGGCAUGAGAAGCCUCCCAGCUACUCCUCCAUCGAGAUCCAGCCAGGGCAGAGCAGCAGGAGGAACUUUGACCGCUUCUCUGAGAAGAGUUCUCGCAGUGGCAACAGUGUGGUGAUCUGAAGCUCACCCUCAAUUUAAGCAGAAGCUGACGUCUUUUCACUCAUUUUUAUACACUUUUAGGGAAAUGACCCACCACACUGAUGUAUGGUCCAUUAGGCAGCAGUCAUUAUCAUGGUCAGGAGAGGUUGUUAGUGGUUACAGAUUACUGGUGGCUCAUUUCAGAGAUAAAGAAGUUUCUCAGUGAAUUUAAAGUGAAGGUUUAUUUUAUGUAUAAAUAUGUACAAAUAUGUAUUACAAUUGUUUUCAGUGUUUUUAUUUUAGAAAUGUAGUUCUAACUUGAUCGGUAGGUUUGAAGCGUUGUCAGAUGCUCAGACACCACAUUUAAUUAUUUUUGUAAUUUUUUCAUCUUUGUUUACCAACGAAAUGCCUGGAAAUUCUGCACUUACCUCAGAUUCUGCGGGCUGUGUGUGUAUCUGUGUAUUCCAGUUUACACUGAUUCAUUUAGUGUGAGAUGGUGAACUGAUUUUCAUAUGUUGGUGCUCAGCUACUGAGAAGCUGUGGUUGCUUAAAGAGGUUAUUUAUGCUUUCAGUGUGUAGACUGGGAAUGUCAGUGACUUCACAAAAUGAUGUUUCCUUGUUGUGCUUGUUCAGAAAUUGAUGUAUUUCAAGCCUCUAUUUAUUUCUGAACAAGCAACAAAUCAAAUAGUUUUGUACAAUUACUGGUGUUUUCUUUUCAUUCUUCUAGGCUAUAUUUGCUCUGUGUAUAAAGUGAAGGAUCACUAAUCAUCUCCAUGGGGACAUAUGAAGUCUAACACAACAGGUGAAUCUCUGUUUGCACAGAAUUGUCAGUUGUGUCCUUUGACCGUUUGUCAAUGUGUUUUUAGAGAUAGCUAUAGCUGGAGGUAGGAUUUUGCACUAUACUUGGUUUGAAAUGUGUUGUGUACAUAUUGUGAUUUAAUAGUCUGUAUAAAGCUUUCAAGGGGAAACAUGGUGUAGAUUGCUUUGAUUGUGAAAUUCCCAAUUACUGUUCAAAUAAACGAUCAAAGCAAA